AUGUCAUUACUCAAACUCUCAGCAUCUUGUGUACUGCCUGAAUUUGUUCAUAAAAUGUCCACUUCUGACUUAUCUCUGUUAGCUAGCUUUAUGUCUCUUUAUGGUUCUUCGGCAGCCAUGCAGUGGUUCCAACUAGACCUCGGUCCUCCAACUCUGGUAACUGGAGUAGUAAUACGCUCCCGUGGCGAUGGAAAGUGGCCCCAGUAUGUAACUCAUUUCAAAGUCUCCUACAGUAACGACAGCAAGUUGUGGUUCUUUUACAAGGAUGCCCCACACAUGGACCAGCACGUAUUUCUUGGAAAUUCACCGGACGUUCCUGAGCGGAUACACUUCUUAGCUGCUCCGGUGAUUGCACGUUUUGUUCGAAUCCAUCCACUCGCUUGGCACGGGAGAAUAGCUAUGCGUGUUGGCCUCCUCGGCUGUCGGUACAAAGGACCCUGUGGGCCUGGAUUCUUCCAAGUGAAUGAAAAGAGCUCCUGCAUUCCCAAUCUGGCAUAUAAGAAGGACGCAUGGAUGUCGAAUAAUCCCGAUAAUCCACGGAAGAAGGAGAGAGAAGAGCGCUUGAGGCAUUCCCUCUACCAAGAUCCCCUUUCCUCGUCCCCAUCGCCCUCCCGCUAUUCCUUCGUUGGGCGUCAACAGCAACAAAAGCCAACACUGAUCACAACUCAGAGAUUCUACGAUUCACAACGCCAAGUGACGUCAAUUCCCCAACCUCCUAUCAACGCCCUCCGAAUGGGCAGUGAUAUGGGACUGUCGCAGACGACCCCGAUCAGUGACUGGAAACUACACGAUGUCAUGAUUGGCGACGAGGGAUAUGUAGUGAAGGAUGAGGUGGCAAAACGGGCCGUUGAUGGCUUCGUGGGCAACGAAAAAGAAGUCACCGGUGAAAUGGCUGCAGAGGAGGGCGCAAAGGGGACAGAUAAGGGCAGUGGCGAUAGGACGUCGGGCCGGAAGAUUGAGGAGGCGCGCAAACCAGGUCUGCUUCUCAUGAACGACUCGCCAAGCAGAGGGCCAGAAAAGCAGAGGCGAGCCCUCAGAUCUGUGCCGAAAGAGGGGCAGCAGUGCACCAUUCUGCGCUACGGUUGGCCUUACUUGGAGACGCCGGGUUGGCAUGUGGAUCUGCAGGAGUCGUUUGAGGUCAACGGCGUUGUUCUGUACACUGCGGGACAUGGCAGAGGUGGGGAUCAGAAAGGAUUAAUUGCUCGAAGCCUUCCAGACACAACGGAGAGCUUGCUCCGACGAAACAACCUUGAUCGCCUGAUAAUCUACGUUGAGAAUGAUAAUCCCGGGGAGGAGCGUGUGGGUACCCGCUCGGACGGCCGAGAGUUCUGCGGACAAGUGACUAGGCGCAACGAUGCCGUCUUUCUGCCAAAACUGCACAUUCCCUGCCGACGGCCAAUUACAGGGCGCUACGUCUACGUGGAGGCCCACGGACUUCGGGGAGCCUGGCCAAAAGAAUUUUUGGCUGCACUUUGUGAAGUUCAGGUCUAUUAA